AUCUGAACCUCAUUAGAAGAGAAUAAAAGUAGAAAUACGCAUGAUGCGACCAAAUCCUCUCUCUGCGUAAAAGUGAAACUCUUCCUCACUUUGUUAUGAUGGGAGCUUCUGAAUGACACCUGAAGGUCUCCCUGUAUUUUUGCAGUGUGGAUGCUGCAUACGAGAGGAGGAGGCGCGUCAACACUAGAUGAGGAAGACGAGGAGAGCGCUGUUGUUCCGUCAAAAUCUCAGAGUGUCUAAAAAGCCAGUGAGCCACUCAGCCAGCCAGUCAGUCAGUGUGUGUUGUUGGAAACGGGAGCGUCUUUGUCAGCAAACUUUUUUGGGGGAUUGUUUGGUUUUAUGAGAGGAGGAAAAGCGAGGGACAAGAAGGUGAAAACAGCGAGGGAAUGGAGAAGCACAAAGUGCUGGACCAGCUCCUGAUGGAGCUCCACCGCUUCCUGCUCAUCUUGGACAAGGAGACCCUGAGCGGGAACGCCACCAUCCAGAAGGGCCUGCUCUCCGAUCUCCUCCAGUCCUACAGAUCCUCCAAUGGUGCCGAUGAGGAGUACAUCUACAUGAACAAAGUCAUUGAUACCAGGAAGGACAAAGGCAGCAAAGACGGCAGAUCAGACGCCCUGGUCAACGGAAAAGCAGCGAAAUAUGUCCCCGUCCCACAGAAGAGCCUGCCCGACCUGCCGCCCCCCAGAGUAGGUGUGGUGGGUCGGGAGCCGUUCCCCUUACCGGGAGUCCCUGCUCCAGCCUGUAUAGACUCUUCAGAGAGUUACUACGAGGAGGCUCAGCCCUAUGAGGAAGCUUUCAACGAUCUGGACUGUUUUGGUCUCCUCUCAGGGCCCUGGAUGCGAGUGCACAGCUCUGAUAGUGUGGUCUAUGCCGUUAUCAACAGGGAUGAUGGGGAAGCAGUUAGCAGUUCGUACGAGUCCUACGACGAAGAGGAAGUGACCAGAGGAAAGUCGCCGUCAGCGCAGCACCAGUGGCCGUCAGCGGAUUCGUCUAUCGAGCUCAUGAAGGACGCUCGGAUCUGUGCCUUCCUGUGGAGGAAGAAGUGGCUGGGCCAGUGGGCCAAACAGCUCUGUGUCAUCAAAGACCAUCGCCUGCUGUGCUAUAAGAGCUCCAAGGAGCAGACGCCUCUGCUGGACGUGAGUCUGCUGGGCUGCAGUGUGGUCUACAAGGAGAAGCAGCUGAAGAGGAAAGAGCACAAACUGAAGGUCAUCCCGGUGGGAGGGGAGGCCAUCGUGCUGGGCUUACAGAGCAAGGAGCAGACGGAGCAGUGGCUCAGGGUGAUUCAGGAGAUCAGUCCCAAGCCGGCUGAAAACUGUGACGCCCAACACUCUGCGUCCGACUCCCCAAGGCUCAUUUGUACAAAGGGAGAACUGAGUGAGAGGUACUCAGUGGCUUCAGAGAGCGGCAGCAGCACCGACAGCCAUGCUGAGACUCCCGAAAUCAAAGAUGUGAAGAAAAAAUACGGUGCAGGUUUGAAGUUCAGCAACCUCAUGAACAUCGGCAAGAAAAAACCCUCCUCGUUGGAGAGCCCAGAGAAAUGUGUGAACACCUCAGGCUACCUCAACGUGUUGGUGAACAGCCAGUGGCGAACCUGCUGGUGUCUCAUAAAGAACGGACAGCUAUGGUUUUACCAGGACAAGGGCAAAAACAAAGUGAGCCAGCCAGCCGUGACCCUGGGGGGCUGCAGCGUGCUCCCUGACCCCAGCCCCGAGCACCUGUACUCCUUUAGGAUCGACAUUGACGGCACACAGCUGGCAACCCUGGAGGCUAAGACGUCCGCAGACAUGGGCCACUGGCUGGGUCUUCUGCUGUCGCAGACGGGGAGCAAGACGGACCCCGAGGAGCUGGCGUACGACUACGUCAACUCCGAGAGGAUCUCCAGCAUCGUCAACGCUGCCAAGACUUCCUUAUACUUGAUGCAGAGGAGGUAUUCAGAGCCAAACACCUACAUAGACACCCCGCCCUCCAUCUCUCACAACUCUGAUGAGCUGUAUGAUGAUGUGGCGUCCUUAGCUGAUCCAGAGGAUGCUGAAGAGAGCGGCCUGCCAGACAGCGAGGACAACAAUCCUCAGGAACAUAAUGAAACAUGCGCGCCAGAGGACACCAUUGACUCAGCGGGAACAGAACAGGACCCUGACAACAGGAUUUACCUGGACCUGGUCCCCGUACGCUCCUUCCUCCAUACGUCCUGUGGGGGUAAAACCCCCCCUGCCAAAGAAAGUUCUGGACAUUCCCCAGUCCCAGCGGAGGACCAGAAGGACGCCUCAUCUCAAAUGAAAGAGGUCAUUUCAACUAACCGUACUGAGCCAGAGUCAACACCUGUGUUAAACGGAACAAGUUCGACCCCCAGCAAACCAGAACAAGAACGCCCCCCGACUCCCACUCCACCGCGCCCACAAACUCAACCAGUCAAGACCUCAUCCCAAAGCCAGGAGACCCCCAAGAGGACCAGUCUGGGGAUCCCACAGGCCUUCAACUCCCCCGGGGUUCAGAUCCAUAAAGGCCCCGCUGUUUCUGCUGGGCUCCCUCAAAGUCCUCGACCCAUGCGGCCCAAAGCACAUACCAUAGGGUGUCCCGGUGCAGUCGAAGGGAAACUGGGCAAGAACCGCACAGAGGCAGACGUGCGGCGCUACAUCGAUGAGCGCGACUGUCUGGAGAGAGACCGGGAGGAGAUGAGGAGCAGUCUGGCAAACCUGAAGAAGGAGAGGAGGGAAACCAAAGAGGAGCUCAGCGCCUGCCAAGACCCCAAGCAGCAGGCCUCCUUAGAAGCCCGUUUGAAGCAGAAGGAGGAGGCGUGUAAGGAUGCGGAGCGCCGCAGGGUGGAGGUAGAGCUGCGGUUGAUGGAGGUGAAGGAAAGUCUGAAGAAGGUGGAGUCGGGGCCUUUCACACUGGGAACCACACUGGACAGCAGCCUCCAGGACACGCCCACGCCUAAAGCAGCAACCUUGCCUGCUCCCCAGACGUCCUCAUCAUCAUCAUCAUCAUCAUCAACGUCAUCAUCCCAACCAUACAACAGCAGCGUCAGCGCAGACCCAGCCUCCCCCGUCAACUCUGCCUCUGCGCUAAAGAACAGACCCGCCUCCAUCAUGGCCACCAAGGGCAAAGUCCUGCAGAAAGCGAAGGAGUGGGAGAAGAAAUCUACCACCUAGAGGGGAAACGUGGAUGCCCUUUGACCUCUCAAAUCCACAAGUUUCUCUUGGUCUGGUCUGCUGUCCAUAACAGGAACUAGACAGUUAAAUCAACAUCCUCCCUUCUCUCUCUCUCUGGAUCCCUUCAUCCUCACCACCUCCUUGCCAAGACUAUAAAGAGCCAAUCAGAGAGAUGCACAAGCCGUCUUCUCAAAACACCACUGGAUAAUCUUAGUUUCAAUGACUUUUUCAAGUUGUUUUUCUCCGUUCGCUAAAGGGAGGACAUUGAUGUAGUAGCAUUUUUUGGCCAGUCUAACAAUCGUUAUUGAUGCACAAAUGGGAUGUUUUGACAUUGAAAACAGCCAAACAUUUGAGAACCACUGAGACAGAAAGACACCCCCCCCUCUACUAAAUUGUCCAUUUUGUACACUCUAGAUUGUAGCUUGGUUCAUUAUAUGCUGUUAGCCAAGAUGUAAAUAUAUUUACACCAUUAUUCAGCCUCAUUUGGCUUGUAUUGCUAGCUAAAAAUGCACUUUUUAUUCAAAUAAAAAUGUACUGACAACAAUACCGGCUUGAAAUUUGUUUAUGAAAAUGUCUCCUUUUGAAUUUAACGUUACAUCAGUCAGUCCAGCUCGUCUGUUGUAGGAGCAAUGCUUUGAAAUUUGCAAAGGGACACUGGAAGCGUGCAGCAUUAAAGUUUAAGAGAGUAA